AUGGACGCACCACCAUCACCGUUGCGGUCUCUUGUAGCAGGCUGCCUGGCGGGUGCUAUGGAAAUAGCUAUAACUUACCCAGCCGAGUUUGCCAAGACCCACUCACAGUUGAACCGGAGACUUGGGGAAUCAGCAAAGCUGCCUUGGCCUCCUUUUGGUCGCGAGUGGUAUACUGGCUGCACAAGUGCGAUUAUCGGUAACGCCGCCAAGGUUGCUAUCAGGUUUACGGCGUACGAGCGCAUGAAGUAUCUGCUACAGGAUGAGAAGGGGCAGCUCACUCCGAUAAAAGUGUCCAUUGCCGGCCUUGGAGCUGGGUUGAUCGAAAGUGUGCUAGCAGUAACCCCAUCAGAAAGUAUAAAGACUUCUCUGAUCGACGACCGGAAAUCGGCCCGGCCGCGUAUGAACGGGCUGGUGCAUGGAGUGGGUGUCAUCUACCGUGAAAGAGGCAUCGCUGGCUUCUUGCAGGGACUCGUACCAACCACUGCGAAACAAGCCGCAAAUUCGGCUACUAGAUUCACUGCGUACUCGACCAUUCGCGACUUGUGGCAGAGGCAACUGCCCCCCGGCCAGAAGGUGGAUACAGUUGCGACCUUGACUAUUGGGGCAUUGGCGGGUCUGAUCACUGUCUAUGUCACCCAACCCAUCGACACUAUCAAGACUAGAAUGCAAAGUAUUGAAGCUCGGGGGGCCUAUAAGAACAGCUUCGACGCCGCGGCCAAAGUUGUGAUGAAUGAAGGCUUCCUCCAGCUUUGGUCCGGCGCGGUACCGAGGCUAGCAAGACUUACGGUCAGCGGAGGAGUAGUGUUUACAGCCUAUGAAAAGAUCAUCGAAUUCUUCGGCUGGCUGGAUCCGCAGAGCCAAUGGAUCUAG